AUGCUCUUCUCGUCACUAGCCCUCGUCGUCGCACUUGCACCAUCAGUUCUUGGAUGCCCACAGCACUCGAACAACAAACGAUCACAUCUGCAAGGGCGCCAGACCAACCCUGCGCAGAACCCCAAUAUCAAUAUCACACAAAAUACUUGGGCGUAUGAGGCGUCCUUCAACUGGGGCAAGUUGAGCCCAGACUACCGUCUCUGCCAAACUGGAACACAACAAUCGCCCAUCGCCCUCUCCCUCGACAAUGGACUAUCACUCAACCACGUUCCAACCUUCAACUAUACCGGGUCAAUAGCUGGCAACUUCUUCAAUUGGGGUUAUGGUCCUGCUUUCACGCUUGCCCACAACGGAGACUGGACAUCGCACCCCAGCUUCACUUACGACAAUGAGACUCUCUAUCUGAAGGGCUGGCACAUCCACGCCCCGGCUGAUCACUCUGUCGGAGGCGAUCGCAGCAAGGCCGAGAUGCACUUCGUCCAUGUCGAUGCCGAGGGUCAUGAAGGUGCUGUCCUGGCCUUCCGUCUUGAUCCUGGUAAUUUCAAUAGCAUUUUCUUCGGCCAGCUUCCUCCAAUGAUUGGCUUCGAUGAGAUGGGCAUUCAGGAGCCUACCGAACUGGACCUUUCGCUUGCUAUGGAUUCGGUGCAGUACUUCAACGAGUUCUGGACUUACCAGGGCAGCUUGACCAGCCCGCCUUGCCACGAGGGCGUCAGGUGGUUCGUUGCCAGGCAGAUUAUGUUCACAGGUGUUGAGCAGAUGCAGGCGAUUUUGGGCGCGAGUACCUACUCUGCAAGAGCUGAGCAGGAAGUCUGGCAGCAUCGCAUUAACGAGUAGUCUGGCUAUAGCAGGUGGCAUCACUGGAAGCAAGAAAGGCUUUAC